GACUACAAAAAGAAAGAACAGGAAGAAGAAGCAUUCUCUCAGGCCAUGGAACUGGUGUACGGGUCAGUCCUACCCAUGACCAUACACGCAGCCAUGGAGCUUGGUGUCUUUGACAUCUUGGGAAAUGCGGGUCCAGAUGCUACUCUCUCCGCUGAGCAGAUCGUGACCCAAAUGCCUACUACAAACCCAGACGCACCGGCCAUGAAUGACCGCAUCUGUAGCCUACUGGUUCAACACGGCGUGCUUGGUGUCUCUGUGGAGGAUAAAAGGCUUCCUUUUCACAGAAACUACUGCCUGAAUAGCGUGUCCAAGUACUUUGCGCGUUGUAACCAAGAUGGGGUUUCCUUGGCACCAUUGAUGACCUUGCUUCAUGACAAGGUUUACAUGGAUAGUUGGUCUCAACUGAAGAAUGCCGUUCUUGAAGGUGGACUUCCCUUUAACAGGGUCCAUGGAACUCAUGCCUAUGAGUACGCUGGCAGGGACGGCAGGUUCAGUCAAGUUUUCAACACAGGAAUGUUCAACCACACUACCAUACUUGUUAAGAAGAUGCUCGAGUCCUACAAAGGUUUUCAGAACCUCAAGCAGCUGGUUGUUGUUGGUGGUGGCAUUGGAGUGGCUCUUAGCUUAAUCACUUCCAAAUUCCCCAAUAUAAAGGGCAUUAAUUUUGACUUGCCUCGUGUUAUACAACAUGCCCCACCCUAUCCUGGUGUGAAACAUGUAGCUGGAGAUAUGUUUGAAAGCAUUCCAAAAGGAGAUGCCAUACUUUUGAUGGGGAUACUUCAUGAUUGGAGUGACGAUCGCUGCUUGAAAUUGUUGGAGAACUGCUACAAUUCUCUUCCAAAUGAUGGAAAGGUGAUUGUUGUGGAGCAAAUUCUUCCAAUUUAUCCAGAGAUUUCCACUUUUGCAAGGAGCAAAUCCCUACUUGAUAUGCUUUUGAUGACUCAAAAACUGGGAGGAAAGGAGCGGAAGCAACAUGAAUUUGAUUCAUUGGCAUUUGGAUCUGGUUUUAUGAGUUUUGCUCUUCCUUGCUAUUUCUGUAAUUCGCAUGUGAUGGAGUUCUACAAGAAGGGUUUGAAUUCCGUAUCAAUUGUGGUGUAGGUUGAACACAUCUUUUGUAGGAGCUGACAGUCGAAAUGUUUUGCCUAAUCACUGAGACUUAAGGAUCUGUUUCUGAUGAUAUUAUUAUCUCAAUAUGGGAUGUUUGUGACUCAUUCUAUGAGAAUGGAAUUAGCUUCCCAUUUUUCAUUGCUCUA